UAACCACAAACUCAAGAGACCAUAGAGUUGAAAAAGCCAUCGACGAACAAAAGCUUCCGGCAGCAUCUGCAAAUAUGGCGGCACUGAAUUGCAUAGACCUCUCCAAUUCCGACAUACAAAAAUCUGUCUCUCUCCUCAGACAGGCUUGCUCGGACUCUGGAUUUUUUUAUGUAGUCAAUCAUGGUAUCAGACCAGAAUUUAUGGAUGAGGUCUUUUCUCAAAGCAAAAGGUUCUUUAGUCUACCACUUGAUGAAAAGAUGAAGCUUCUCAGGAAUGAAAAAAACCGUGGUUACACUCCUCUUCUAGAUCAGCAUCUGGAUCCUGUCAACCAGAUACAUGGAGAUUAUAAAGAAGGAUAUUCCAUUGGUGUGGAAGUACCAGAAGAUGAUCCUCAAGCCGAAAAACCACUUCAUGGACCAAACUUGUGGCCUACAGCAGAUAUUUUGCCUGGAUGGAGAGAAACUAUGGAGAGAUACCACCGCGAAGCACUGUAAGUAUUGAGAUGCCUAUCAUGCAUCAGAAAAACUAUCUAUUUUUCUUGCAUGUGGUUGUACUCCUCAGUGCUGCAGAAGUAACUUAAUGUCAAGUACUGACCUGAAUCAUCUUUGCUGUUGUAUGAGUAAGCAGCGGAUCAAUUUAGUUAAUCAUAUUGAUUAAUCAUCUUUGGGUGCAAGGGUAUAUUUUUUUCUUAACCAAUUUGCAUUUCCAUCACCUUAACAACAUUUGAUGUGUUAAAUUUUGAUGAAAUUGGUGGUUGGGCCACUUAGAUUGUAAAUUGCUGGCCAUCCGGUUAAAUUACUUAAUUCGAUGUCACUGAUGCAUAAGAUGUUAUAUCUCUGCUCCCAUGCGGUUGUAUAUUUACAAAAUCAGAUAAAUCAUUAUUUCUUUUAGCAGAACAGUCAUUAUUGAUGAAUAUGUGUCAUCAAAUCGUGUUGAGUAAGUCCAAAUACAUAGCUUUUGUAUUCGCUCUCAUUUCUAAUACAUUAAUUGAUUAGACUUAGACACAAUUUUUUGACUCGCCUAUGAUGUCUUUAAGCACUUGCUUGAAUCCACACAUUCACUGUUAAUUCUUCCUAGUUUGAAG